AUGGAUUCUUUACCUUAUGAGAUAUUGGGGGAAAUUAUGAUAUUUCUUGAAGCUAAAGAUGUUUUUCAAAAAUUUUGCUUACUACUUCAUCAUGUAUUUUAUAAUCACUUAAAAAAAAUAUUUUUUUCUAUUCUUUGAAUAAUAUAUUUACCAUAUAUGAAAAGUUAGUAUCUAAAUACUUUUAUGGUGUAACUAAAUCAACUUAUCACUUAACUCAGCUUAUUUCCCACAAACUUCACAUAUGCCGACCGAUGUCUCUCACUCUGCCACAUGCAAUAAAAAUUCUUAAAAAGACAACACGAAUAAGUAAAAUCCGGCCUAUUGAAUUCUUAGGUUUUGCCACAACUGGAGGUGUUGAUGGUGACAUUGCAAGUAAUUGAGUUGGCAGCUUAUUUUUUAAAAAUUCCCCUGGAUAUUGCAGCAGAGAAAGAAAAGACAACAUAAAUUGUGCUGGAGUCCUUUCAUCAACUCAAAAUGGCCUUCUUUCUGAUGGAAGAAGUGAGGUUAGAGACGAAAUUGCAAGAAUCAUAAGAAAUAAUCAUUACGCUCGACAAUUAAUAGGAAAUGACCGCAUUGGCAAAAAAUCUGAUCCACUGAACUAUAUUGAAGAAAUGAUUUUUCGGCAUAUUUAUAUAAAUGUGCCUGAAAUAUUAAUUCAUAGAAACGCUAAUCAGCAAACUGCGCACGAGUUCAUGUUUCAUCUCAGAGAAUUGCAUAACAGCUUAGUUAAUACCGAAUUAAUCCUUGCAAGCUUCAGGAAAAGAGAAGAUGAUGCUUAUUAUCUAGUAAGGCCAAUAAACUAUGAAAAUGGAGAUAAAGGAAAGAACUUAUUUUGCGCGAAAUAUGUAGAGUUUAGUAGAAGCGGAGAAUUUACAUGCCCAGUUGAAGCUUUCAUGGUGUUUAUAAGUGAUUAUUAUAUUGAUAUAGAAUCUAGUGAAUUCUCUGUUUAUAACGAUUUGAAGUCAUCCAGUGAUAUUGAUACUUUAGUUUCAAUCAAUGAAAAUGUGCCGAGACCUUAUGAACUUUUUGAAUCGAAAUUGCAUGAAUAUAGGCUUUUCAAUUGGACAAAAAAUCCUUUAAAGCCACUAUUAUGAGGAAAAUUUAGAAAGAAAGGAGGGAAAAAGAUUGAGGCUAAGCUUCGUGAUAAUUUUUCUGGAGCUUAUCUUUAUGUAAAAUUAUUAUAUCCAUUGGAUUUGAUGAGAGAAAGUGGGGAUAUGAGCGAAUUUACAAAUAUAGAUGCACGGUAUGUUGGCUUAAAAGGUGUAGAAAUAAGAAUUUAA